CCGAGGUCCAGAGUGAGACUGAGCGCAUCUUCGAGCUGGCACGGACACUGCAGCUGGUGGCCCUGGACGCUGACACCAUCAACCACCCAGCGCAGCUGGCCAAGACCUCCCUGGCCCCCAUCAUCGUCUACAUCAAAAUCACCUCCCCCAAGGUGCUGCAGAGGCUGGUGAAGUCCCGGGGCAAGUCCCAGGCAAAGCAUCUCAACGUGCAGAUGGUGGCCUCAGACAAGCUGGCUCAGUGUCCACCUGUGAGUGACCUCACCCUGCCCACCUGCCCCCUACCCACUGCCCACCCUCUGCUACCACCCUAUGGCCAUGGGCUCCAU